GUAGGUGAACAGUCAUGACCUGCCAGGCCUUCAGCACCACUGAUUCCUUCACUACUCUGAGCGGAGACUCGGCCGCUCUGCCGCUGCUCAUGCAUCACACCGGAGCCGCAGACUGUCUGCCUGUCACCAGCCACACCGCCAACAUGAUGCCUUCAGGUCUGCCACUGGUCCAGUCGUCCAAACGCUCUCAUAUGCACCUGUCCGCUUCUGCUUUGGGCAAUGCAUCAGCCAGCCUGCACUACCCAAUGCCCCCAUGUCACUAUAGCAACCAGCAGACCACCUACGGCAUGAUGGCAGCACAGGAAAUGCUCUCUGCCAGCAUCUCCCAGACCCGCAUCCUGCAGACCUGCAGCGCUCCUCAUGCCAACAUGGUCAACGGAGCCAACUCACUGCAAGGAGCUCUGGCUUCACGCCUCUAUAAGUUCCCAGAGCACAGUUUGGGUGGGGGCUCCUGUGCUUUGGCCCACAGUUUACCGCCGCUGCCCCAGGCCCUGCUCAUGGACGAGCCAACCCUAGGAGACAUCAAGCAGGAGCUGCGCAGGAAAAUCCGGCCCCUGGAAGAGCCGCCCGACAUGGACUCACCUCAGAUCCGUGAACUGGAGAAGUUUGCUAACGACUUCAAACUGAGGAGAAUCAAACUAGGUUACACACAGACCAAUGUUGGUGAAGCGCUGGCGGCUGUGCACGGCUCUGAAUUCAGCCAAACCACCAUCUGCCGCUUCGAGAACUUGCAGCUCAGCUUCAAAAACGCCUGCAAGCUCAAAUCCAUCCUGGCAAAGUGGCUGGAGGAGGCUGAGCAAGCCGGUGCUCUUUUUAAUGAGAAGAUGGGCAUGCAUGAGCGUAAACGCAAACGGAGAACAACCAUCAGUCUUGGGGCUAAGGAAGCCUUAGAAAGGAAUUUUGUGGAGAAGAGUAAGCCAUCAUCUCAGGAGAUUGUGCGGAUGGCGGAGGGUCUCCAUCUGGAGAAGGAGGUGGUGCGCGUUUGGUUCUGUAACCGCCGGCAGAGGGAGAAGAGGGUCAAAACCAGCCUACAUCACAGCUCCUUCAUGGCCAAAGAGACCGCAGCCUGUAGACCUUGAAGAUCCAGGGUCUCAGCGAUGCUGAUGUGUGAUUAGCUACUGGUAAAAAACCAGCACCAACCUUUGGCAGUGAGUGGGUUUAUUGUACUGAUUCACCAGCAGGAGUACUGGAUAUGCUGCAGUGACCCCAAAAAUGUAUUUGAUCACACUUAAGAAUGUCUGAAUGUUAUAUCAUCAAAUAUCAAACCAAGUGACCAGUUUGAAAAAGCUUGUAUUUAGAAGAUGCAUGAAGUCAGUUCUCCUCAAGUUCACACAGGAGUCCUAUCAGAGUAAUUAGAGGUGUGGAGAAUCACGUUAACUAAUUCGUGAAUAUAUGAUCCACUAACGUUUUACAAAUACUUAGUGCCAUAAUACUAUUUCUUGUUAAUGAACAUCCAGUUUUAUUGUUUAAAUCCCAAAUUUCUGAUGACUUUUGUACGGAGCCCCACACAUGACAUGCAGGAAAAAAUAGUGGGCUAAAUCGUGUGCACGAUUUACUAAUCCGUUCCCUCAAUGUACUAAAACGUGCACACGAUU